ACUGGAAACAGAUCCCUAGCACAGCACUUGACAUUACUUUACUGAGUAUCGUGGUCGACGGUCGAUAUACCCGUCCAAUUUUUGCGAUAUUCUUCAGAUUCAGCUACGCCGAACGUUGACAAAACACGAACGAGAUCGUUCAAGAUGUCUCUGGAGAAACCACAGCUCCGUGGCCUGCACAUGUCGCAGAUUAAAAAAAAUCUUGUAGGAAUGUUGAUAGUCAGUUUUAGUGCAGCUUUUGCGUUCAAGGUGAUGGUCGUUGAUAAAAGGAAGCAGAGAUAUGCUGACUUUUACAAAACCUAUGACGCGGAGAAACAAUUAAAGAUAAUGAACGAUGCUGGUCUCAUGCAAUCUUAUCUUCCUUCACAAAAGAAAUAAUAGAUUUAUGUGUACAAAUAAUAAGCGCAAUUCUGGAGAGAAUGAAAAAAUAGUUUUCUUUAUGGUUACAUAUAUGUAUAAUAAAUAAAUUCAAUUCA